GUUUUCUAAAUUUUCUCAUCUUACUACUUUAACAUUUCUUAUUCCGAAUUUAUUGUCCUAUUUAUUAAUAUAAAUAUUCCUUUUUUAUUUUACUUUUUCAUAUAUACACAUAUUCAAACUUAUAGAUGGAUUCAUCACCUAAUGUUUUAUAUUUAAAAAGAACUCCUACUGUUACUUAUGAUUAUGCCUCAGGAAAACCUAUACCAGAAGCUAUUAAACAAUAUUAUGUUCAACAACAGUUACCCGUUAGAAAACAAAGCUUAGCUGCCAAUAAUAAUAAUAAUAAUAGUAGAUCAUCAGAAUCAACAAAGAGAAAUAAUAAACAGGCAUCUAAGCUUCAUCAUCGUCACCAUUAUCAAGAUACCAUUCCGUCAUUGGCAGUAAGACAAGAUGAUGAUGUCGAUGAUUUUAACUUUAAAGAUAGACCCCCUUCUUCUAUUAUUUGUAUACGACCUAUAGAUCUUGAGAAAGAAGAGGACAUGAUGCCAGACGACGUAUCUUGGGAUAAUCAUUCCCCUGAUUUAACUAAUUUUAAGGACAUAUCAAGGGAUACUGAGUCUAUGUCAAGGGAUACUGAGUCUAUAUCAAGGGAUACUGAGUCUAUAUCAAGUGAUAAUUCCAGUGAUAUAAAUCAAUAUACUAUAGAUACUUGCUCUCAUCAUUCUAUUGCAUUAUUAUCCGAAGUAGCCUCGAAAUUUCAUAAACAUAUGACAUUAUCAACGUUAACAAAAGAUGGGAUUCAAUACCAUGAUGCAUUUAGUGGAAAAGAUGCCAUUGAUCGAUUGCUUGUCAUAUUAAAUAUUGGAGAUCGUUUAGAGGCAAUAGGAGUAGGAACAGCUUUAAGAAAUCAGAAUUUCUUUCAUAAUGUAAAUUAUGAACCCUUUUUAAUUGAUUCGACUGAUGAGUUAUAUGCAUUUAAAGACUUUAUGGAUACAUCACCUCAAGAAGAAGAUUUAUUAAAAGACAAUGCGCAAAUAUUAGAUUUACCAACUGGAGUUUAUACGAAUUUAACUGGCUGUUAUUCACCUACUUGUACAGAUGAUUAUCGUUGUUAUAGUUGGUCCUGUCCAAAAAAGAAGAAUUUGAAACAAAGUCAUAUUCAAAUAAAGCAUGAAGAUAAUACUCGAUUAUGGUCACAGUCUAUUCCUGAAAACAUAGUAGAAUCAACACUGCCUAUUGAAAGGAAACGACAAGAAUGUAUAUACGAAUUAAUUUAUACUGAACAAGAUUUCGUUAAAGAUCUUCAAUAUGUCAAAGAUUUUUGGGUCGAGCCUCUACUCUCAAAAGAUAUUAUUGAAGAAAGUCGACGGAAACAGUUUGUAAAAGACGUAUUUUACAAUAUAUCCGAUGUUCAUCGUGUUAAUUCAAAACUAGCAGAAGCUUUGGAAAAGAGACAAGCCGAGAAAUAUUUAGUUGCUCAUAUUGGUGAUAUCAUGUUUGAACAUGUUUGUCAUUUUCAAACAUUUGUUGAGUAUGGAGCACAUCAAAUGAUCGGUAAAUUUACCUUUGAACUUGAAAAGAAAAGAAACCCUAUCUUUGCAAAAUUUGUAGAGGAAACAGAACGAAAAAAAGAAUCUCGUAAAUUAGAAUUAAAUGGAUAUCUCACAAAGCCAACAACGAGAUUAGGUCGUUAUAAUCUCCUGUUAAGGGAAAUAUUAAAAAGGACGCCAGAUAAUAAUCCUGAUAAACUUGCAAUUCCAAAAGUUAUAAAUAUUAUUAAACAUUAUUUGGAAAAAGUAAACCAAGAAGCAGGAAGAUCGGAAAACCUUUUUAAUUUACAGCAAAUUUAUGAACGAUUAGAAUUUAAGUCAGCAGUCGAUUUUGUAGAUUUGAACUUGGAAAAGCCAGGAAGACAGUUAUUAAUGAAAGGUAGAAUGAAACGUAAAGAGAAUUCAUCUUCGUCAGAUUUGCAAGUAUUUUUGUUUGAUCAUUAUCUAGUCUUUGCAAAAAUUAAAUAUGAAGAUCAUUUAGAGAAAUAUAGAGCUUGUAGAAGACCAAUUCCAUUAGAGCUUUUAUCGAUUAAUGUCAUUCAUAGUAGUAGUAGUCGACAUAGACGUGCAAGCUCAAUUUUACCUUAUAGUACUAACUUUAGUAUUCCAUCUACUAAUUCCUCAGACAACCUCUUAUCUAAUAAAUCGAAUUCAUUCUCGAUUACUUUUAUUCAUCAUGGUAGAAAGGGUUCACCACCUAUCACAUUGUACACAACAGCAGCUUCAAUUCAACAAAUUUGGAUCCAAAAAAUUAUGAAGCAAAAAGUAGAACUAGCAAAAUCACGUGUUGUCUUUACCAUCACGCCUAUUAUUCAAAAUUAUUUUACAGUGUCUAAUCGAGUCAAUAGUACAUCUACCGUAUAUGAUGACACGAGUUUAGAUGGAAAGGCGGUCAUCGUAGGUGCAGAUCAAGGUGUUUAUCUCAUACGUUCACAUUCUACUAUUUCCCGUAUCAUCCAUCUUGAAAAAAUUUCUCAAAUUGAGCUUAUGCCAGAGUCACAACUUUUGGUUUUAGCAGAUAAAACCCUCUGGAGUUUCCCUCCUAGUAUUCUCUCUCCUAGUUCUACCACCAAUAACACCACUACAACAACCACAUCAGCAGCGAAACGAAGUGGACGAGCUGUAAGUCAAGGUACUGCCUUUUUUCAUGUUGGAGAAUGCCUUUCGAAGACAUUUGUUUGCGUCGUAAAGACCAAUACACUAUCAGCAACGACAAUUCGAGUCCUGGAACCAGUGAUGACAGAUGAAAACAAAAAGACAAAAUCAUUGCUAAAACGGCUUGUAGUGAAAAGUAAUACAAUGGCGGGUCUUUUAAAACCCUACAAGGACUUGUAUUUACCAAGUGAAGCAUCCUCUAUCAAUUUAUUGAAAUCAAUGAUGUGUAUUUCAUCAUCAAAGGAGAUUGGUGUAGUGGAUAUGAAGAAUUUUGGAGUGCAGGCAUUGCUAGAUCCUGAAGAUGAAGCAUUAGAAUUUGUUUUUAGUCGACCCGAUGUUCGACCGAUCACCAUUUAUAGAAUACAGUUUGCAGAGUAUCUUGUCUGUUAUAAUGAAUUUGCAUUUUUUGUUGAUCAAAGGGGAAGAUUUAUUAAAUCAAGUGUCCUAAUUAAAUGGGAAGGAAUACCGGAUUCAUUUGCACUAUUUUAUCCUUAUAUACUUGCUUUUGAACCUGAUUUUAUAGAAGUUAGACAUGUCCAUUCGGGUGAACUUGAACAAAUUAUUCGAGGUAAAAAUAUUCGUUGUACCAGUACAAAUACCCAUAAUGCAAGCAUACAAGGAACAAUGGAUGACCCUGAACACGAAGGCUUUCAACUUGUAUUCCAAUUAGAAAAAGAUGCAGGCAAAGAAUGUUCUACUAUUUAUGAAUAAAACAAUAACUUUUUUUUUUUUGUUCUUGACAUGAAGGCUGUUUUAAACCUGUGUGGUAUUUUAGACCUUUUUUUUUUUUUU